AAAAAAUAAAUUAAAACUGUUCUUCUUGUUGGAUACCCCGAGGUGAUCCUUUUUCUAACUGAGGCUUUGCAAUGAGACUUAAAGCACAGUCCGAAGUGGUAGAAAUUGGCAGGAUCUGCACUCAGUUGUCCUAAAUUUCCCUGCUGGUCAGAGUUAAGGUCUUGUGCAUCCGUUCUGUAACUAUAGGUGGCUACCUUCGAUAUCGAGAGGACAAAGCACUUCUUUUGGCACAGAAAGAUCUCCAUUGGCACGCCACGGUGGCUGCAAAUCGAUCUUCUGAUGGAGCGAUGCUCUGAAGGCUUAAAGGGAAAGCUUCUUCCUUCCUCCCCCCUUGGCACAACUCGAUGUCGGGCACAUUGUGAAGCUUCGGUGUUCUGAUUUCUCGGACAGUUGAUACCCAAAUCCUGGAGUUACUAUGUCGACUCUUGACUUUUACUUGUGGUUACUUUUAAAAAGAAGAUUUCCCUGCUCACAAGCCAGUAGAAGACUUUCAGCCCAAGCAAGGGUGAAGACAGCUCUCUCCAAGAGCAGAGGAAGUCCCUGUGGAGAGAAGCCGAGCUUGUUAGCAGAACUCGUCGGCAUGUCUAAACAAGGAGACGAUUGCUACUUCUAUUUCUAUUCUACCUGUACCAAGGGAGACAAAUGUGCCUACCGCCACUGCGAAGCUGCUCUGGGCAAUGAGACGGUCUGCAAGCUGUGGCAGGAGGGUCGUUGUUUCAGGAAUGUCUGCCGAUUCAGACACAUGGAAAUUGACAAAAAGCGCAGUGAGAUUCCUUGCUACUGGGAGAACCAGCCGGGAGGCUGUCAGAAAGCCAACUGUGCUUUUCAUCAUGCAAAGGGACGUUACAUCGAUGGACAAUUCUUCCCACCAAGCAAGACUACACUGCCAAAUCCGCCUGAGUCCGCGGACGAUGAUUUGAAAGUGGCUCAGAUGUCACUGCAGCAAAAGAAACUUUCUGUCCAGUCAAAUCCCUCUCCACAGCUAAGGGUGAUGAAAGUGGAAAACUCUGAAAAUGUCCCAAGCCCUACACACCCUCCAGUUGUAAUCAAUGCUGCAGAUGAUGAUGAAGAUGAUGAUGGUGAGCAUGUGUUGGUUCUUGGAAGGAAUUUGUGCUGUAAAUGAUUGUGUUAAAUCUUUGGUUCUUGAAGGAAUCUGUGCUGUACAUGAAUGUCUAAAUCACAGAUGACCCGAGGUCUGACUAGCGAUAGGGCAGGCAGUCUGGCCAGGUCACUGGUGGCUUUGUCUGGCAGUCAGUGGACAGAACCUGAAACGUUGGAGGAAAGCUUAGAACCACUCCUGCUUUAGCUGGUCUGUUGUGUAAAGUUCUGUGUGAAACUAGGAAGGAAAUUUCUUAUUCCUGUCUGAAGAGCAACGUGUUGUGUAGUAGUUAAAGCUGCAGAGAGAAUCUAGAGUCCUAGAUGUUUUGUCCUAGUGUAUUCUACUUAGGAGUUCAAUAGGGGGGUAACUGAAAAACAGAAGA